CGUGUAAUUUUAUUUUUAUUUUUUCAAAAGAAAGAAUGAAACGGGUUGUGGAACCUCUCUCCACUAAAACCUCAAAAAUCAGGGUUUAACACUCCCACGAUUCUUCUCCAUUUUCCCCUUUUCUCAUUCUUCUUCGCCAAAAUGACGAAAUUCAGGAAAUUGAAUCGUCCAACUGGACAUCGAAUGUCCAUGCUCAGGACAAUGGUGUCGCAAUUAGUCAAGCACGAGCGCAUUGAAACCACCGUUGCUAAGGCAAAGGAAGUCCGGAGGUUGGCCGACAAUAUGGUUCAGCUCGGAAAGGAGGGAACUCUAUCUGCUGCAAGACAGGCAGCUGCCUUUGUGCGUGGGGAUGAUGUCAUUCAUAAGCUCUUUACUGAACUGGCUUACAGAUACAAAGAUAGAGCUGGUGGAUACACGAGAUUGCUCCGAACUCGGAUUCGAGUAGGUGAUGCUGCACCUAUGGCCUAUAUUGAGUUUAUUGAUAGAGAAAAUGAACUUAGACAAUCCAAACCCCCAAAUCCUCAACCUCCCCAGAGACCAGUCCUGGAUCCCUGGACAAGAUCUCGGCUCAGCCGGCAGUUUGCACCCCGUAAGGAGGAGAAAAUCUCUGAUUCUGAUGGUCAAUGAGUUUUUUUCUUGGGAAGUGCAUUCAAGAUGAUUGUUUCGUCUUUUCAAUCCAUAAUGAUUUAUGUGUUUUACUUGUUUGGAGGCCUACAUGUAGCAGUGUGAUGAAAAUAAUGUUUUAUUCAACAGCACUAGGCGUGGUGGGUGGUAAAUUGAGCUGGUUUUAAGCUUUUGUAUUUUCCAUCCUGCCUUGUACUCUAGUUGAUCAAUACAUAUGAAACAUGCAGAAACUUCUUGA